UGCCUUCAGAGACUUGUAUACAUACGAGAUUGACAACAACUGCAAGAAUAGGAAAACUUAACUCUUCUCUUUGCACUGGGAAUAUUGGAAUCAUUUUUUAUUAUUAUUCUAACGAAGGCGUAACUGGAUUUGCAUCAUGAAGUUUGUUCGGUUCAUCAUGAAGAACUCUGCGCUGGCGAAUGUGCCAAAGCACAUCGACCACUUCUCAAAAUUUUCUCCAUCUCCUCUGUCAAUGAAGCAAUUCCUGGACUUCGGUAGCACGAAUGCAUGCGAGAAGACAUCCUUCGCCUUCCUGAGACAGGAACUGCCAGUCCGACUGUCCAACAUCAUGAAGGAGAUUAACCUGAUGCCUGACCGCCUCAUCUCCACGCCAUCCGUGCAGCUUGUGCAGAGCUGGUAUGUCCAGAGCUUGAUGGAGAUCCUGGAGUUCCUGGACAAGAGGCCUGACGACCACAGGAUUCUAGAUGCGUUUAACGAGGCGCUGGUGACCAUCAGGAACCGCCACAACGACGUGGUGCCCACCAUGGCCCAGGGCAUCAUCGAGUACAAGGACGCGUUCGGCCAGGACCCCGUCACCAGCCAGAACAUCCAGUACUUCCUGGACCGCUUCUACAUGAGCCGCAUCUCCAUACGCAUGCUCAUCAACCAGCACACUCUUAUCUUUGAUGGAGCGACCAAUCCAGCGCACCCCAACACCAUUGGCUGCAUCGACUCCCAAUGUGAUGUCACAGAGGUUAUCAGAGAUGCCUACGAGAGUGCCAAGAUGCUGUGUGAACAGUACUACCUGGGGGCGCCAGAGCUGGAGCUGAGGGAGAUUAACGCAAACAUCAGCAAGGAGCCAAUCUACAUCUCCUACGUCCCCUCCCAUCUCUACCACAUGCUGUUUGAGCUUUUCAAGAAUGCCAUGAGGGCAACCGUUGAGACCCAUGAGGCGAGUAAGAAUCUUCCUGCGAUCAGAGUGACGGUGGCUCUCGGUGGUGAAGACCUUACUAUUAAGAUGAGCGAUAGGGGUGGCGGUGUGCCUUUCAGGAAGACUGAGAGACUCUUUAGCUACAUGUACUCCACAGCGCCAACACCAACCGUCGGGGACCGCCACAGAGCUCCAUUGGCUGGCUUUGGCUAUGGGCUGCCCAUCUCUCGUCUCUACGCUCGCUACUUCCAGGGAGAUCUGCAGCUCUACUCUAUGGAGGGACACGGCACAGACGCAGUCAUUCACAUGAAGGCUCUGUCCACGGACUCUGUGGAGAAGCUGCCGGUCUUCAACAAGACUGCGCUGCGUAACUACAAGGUGAACCAGGAGGCGGAUGACUGGUGCAUCCCCAGCAAGGAGCCCCUGAACCUGGCUCUGCACCGCGCCGCCAAGUGAGCCCAUCCCUGGGGCCAACCACCUGUGUAUGCCAUAGGGACAUGGCACUUAUUGGUCCAAUUGAAAAGAGGGACAGGAGAGAAAAAAAUGACAGAUGUUGUGGCGAGACCUGUUGGGGACCAAAGCAGCGACCAACCUGACCUGAGCUGACCUGACCUGUUGAGAUUAAGGGGUUCAAGGUUGGCGCUGGAGCAGACCAAACAUGCUUGCUGGAAAGCUCUGGAAGCCUCUGGAUGCUGAAGAGCCCGCCCGUCAUCCCCGCGGAUGAAUUGGACACGGUAGCCAACGGAGGAAAUACGCUCCCUCCCGUCCCGAGCUGCUGCUACAGCUGCUGCCGCCUGCCUGCCUGCCGCGCAGUGCUGAUUCGGAGUGGAAUAUCGCGGAAUAUUGCGGAGUGUCGAGUGUGAUGUGACGGCACGCUGUGGCAAUAUAAAAGUCUGGAGACUAUAAUUGGACAUGGCAAAUUGUUAAAAUGUGAUAAAAGCACCCAGUAUGUGCAAAUAUCGCACAAUCAGAAGAAGAAGCGCUCCCCGAAUGGCUAUGACUGGCUAAUCAGAAGUGGUUGGGGAGUAGUACACUGAAGGAUAGAAAUACAGAAGGUUAUACAUCAGAAGAGAAAGGCAGACAGAAGGUGCAUAAGGUAAAUGUCAGUCUGUACUAAAGGUUACUGAAAGGAAAAUGACUGGGAACAAGCAUUGAAAGUUAAUACAGAAGGGAAAGCAGAAAGUUGGGUAAAUGAUUGUAAGUACGACUGACUGGAGGUUAUAGGAUGUAAGGUUUUGACCUAAAUAUAUUUCAGGAUAUAGUAAGAGCCAUUCAAAGGUCACAUCAUUGCAAUGGCCCAUUGGUUACUGUUGCCCUACUUGCCAAAGGUGACCUAGUUUGCCAAAGAUGUUUUAUCAUUUCAUACAAUCAUCACGGUCAUGGAUACAUACCCUGUAAACAAAAAAAAACAGCCAUAUAUUUCAAAAGGUCUUUAUAUUUUCUUUUUUUCAUGCUGGCUCAUUUUUAAAAGGUUUACCAGAAGCUCAGAGGUUCCAUCAAAGCACUGUGUUGAUCAAAGACCACUGCUAAGCAGAUUCCUUUGCUAAAACGCAUUUUUUUCCUUAGCAUGAUUACUGAAUAGGUGAUGAUUUUUGGGUUGUUUUUUUCCAGAGCUUGACUUGACUUGAAUUUUUGAAACCAUUUACCCUGAACACCAGGAUUGUUGUAUCUGUAGUUCCAGCUCUGCAUUUUAUGCAGAUGAAAAUUAUGUUAAGCAACAAAAUGUAAGAACUUGGAGGACAAUGCUUGAAAAUAGUUUGGGUUUUUCAAACAUAGAGGUGCCAUACCUCAGUACCAUGACAACUGGCAUCAGAACAGUCACUGGAGUGAUGUGAUUAUUUUCAAACAUGGGUCCAAUGCCAUUUGGAUUGUUUGUUUGUUUGUUUGUUUGUUUUGUAGCUUCCUUUGUUUUCAUUUUUUUUAUUUUGUUUUCAGAACAAAUGACAGUAUUGUGUGUUAUUACUAUUGCUUGUGUGACACAAAUUCUGUAAAACAGCUUUAUUUUUAUACCCACAUCGGAAUGAGAAAUAAAACAUUUGAAAUGUUUGAAGAAUUGAGAA